GCUGCUGUUUCACUCCCCCUUGAGCAGUAAGGACUAGUUUGCGAGAGAUAACAGGCAGAGAGAUGAGCGAGGCACAGGGAUGAGACAUUAGUCGCUGUUUGAGUUCAUGCCAUUUUUUUGAUAAUAGGACGCGAUUGGAUGCCACGAUACUAGAGAAUGUGCUGGCGAGGCCAGCCCAACCGCCUGUGUUCUAAAAUGGAUUUGAAAUUGCGGUAGGUUUCCCUGUUCAUUGUGCGGUCCGCGGCCGUAGAUAAAGAUGCGUGAAGCACUGCUGGCCAAGUCCAGUAUUGAUUCGAUUGAAAAGCAUGAUGUUUUCUUGUUCUGGCUCGAAAUGGAAUUACUGUCGUUUUCUCUGUUGUUUGGAUUGUUCAUGAUAAGAACACUAAUCGAUGACACAAGGGCACCUAGACCACCAUAUUGCCAGGAGAAUUGAUGAUUCCUCCCAAUGAAAACAAGGUGUCGGUCUGCAAAACCAUGGGGGACAAGGAUAACAAUCUCAAAACGGCUAAAUUGUGGAGAGAUGCUGCUCUCCGCUCUAGGAAGCUGCGAAGCAACCAGCGACAGCUCACCCUCUGCUCCCAAAACAGGGAGAAGAUCAUUCUACCUGAAAAUAUAAGCGAUAUAGAGGUACUCAAUCUGGGCAAUAACUCGCUGCACGAGCUACCAGAAGGAUUGGGGGCAACCCUCACAAACCUGCGUAGCCUUGUCCUCCGCAGGAACAAAUUUGUCACAGUUCCUUUUGUGGUGUUUGAACUGGGUCCUCUUGUGGAACUGGACAUGAGCCACAACUGCUUGGGCCACUUCUCUGAGGACAUAGGCCUGCUGAAGGGGCUGAAAAAGCUCUGCAUCAGUCACAACAACAUCCAGUACCUGCCAUCACAGAUUGGGGCACUGCAUUGUUUAGAGGAGCUGGACAUAAGCUUCAAUGACAUAUGUGAUUUCCCCAGGUCCUUCUCACAGCUCAAGACGCUCCGUUCUCUGGAUGCUGAUCACAACAAGCUGAACCAGUUUCCCCCAGAGAUUCUUGCCCUCAGUGACAUGGAGGAGCUCGACUGCUCUGGUAAUACGUUUGCGUGUCUACCAGAGGACAUCACUAAGCUGCAGUCCAUCAAGAACCUGUGGCUCAGCAGCAUUCACAUCUCCACGUUACCAGACACAUUCUGUCACCUGCACAACCUAGAGAGCCUGAUGCUGGACAGUAACAACCUCACAGCUCUGCCUCAUUCAUUUGGCAACCUGCAGAGACUUAAAAUGGUCAAUCUAUCCUCUAAUGAGCUUGAGGAGUUUCCCCAGGUUAUCCUAAACAUCACAGGACUAGAAGAGCUUUACCUGAGUAGAAAUAAACUGUCUUUUGUUCCAGAGGAGAUAGGCCAGCUGCGUAGGCUGGCAAACCUCUGGUUAGACAAUAAUAACAUUACUUAUCUGCCCGACUCCAUUGUGGAGCUAAAUAGAUUGGAGGAGCUUGUUUUACAGGGUAACCAAAUAGCCAUUCUCCCAGAUAACUUUGGAAAACUUUCCAAGGUAAACAUUUGGAAAGUGAAGGAUAACCCCCUCAUCCAGCCUCCCUAUGAGGUCUGCAUGAAGGGGAUCCCCUACAUCGGUGCUUAUCAAAAGGAACUCGCACAUUCCCAGCUGGCUGUGAAACCCAGGUUAAAACUGGUCCUGAUGGGAAUGAAAAACGCUGGGAAAACACAGCUCAGGCAGAGUGUUGUGAGUGAGCAGCAGGAUGCCAACUCUGCUCAGGGGAACAAAGGGGUUGAUGUGACUAACUGGGUAGCGGACGCCGAUCGCAGUCUUACAUUUUUAGUGUAUGACCUGUCAGGGAAGCCAAACUAUGACCUCAUCAAACCUUUUUUUCUCUCACCUGGUGCUCUGUACAUCCUCGUUGUGAAUCUGAAAACAUACUCACCCAAGAACUUUUACCCCCACGUGGGCUACUUCCUCCAUCUCCUCAAUGCCAAAGUGCCCCACGCUGUGGUCUGCAUGGUGGGCACGCACACAGACCUGUGUGGAGACAUGGAGGUGGAGGGGAAGAACCUUGAUAUCCACAGACAGAUUUCCCUGCAGGAGAAGUGGGACACCCAUUGCCUGCGGAGCCUUGUCCACCAGGUGGACCAGGCCCUGGAGCAGGGCUACAACAUCCGCACCUCCAGCCCUCACAUCCUCUUCUACGGCGUCACAGACAAGAACCUGAGACGGAAGAAAGCCCAGCUGCAGUACAUGCUGAACCACAGGCUACAGAUCCUGUCCCCUGUCCUGUGUGUCAGCUGCACAGAGAGCCAGAUAAAUAUCCAGAGGCUGAGGGAGAAGCUCAUGUCAGUGGCUGACCAUCGCGACAUCUUCCCCAACCUCCACCGCGUGCUGCCCAAGUCCUGGCAGAUGCUGGAGGAGCUGCACUUUAAGCCCCAGGACCUGUGGCUCUCAUGGUGGGACUCGGCCCGUUUGGGCCUCCAGGCUGGGCUCACAGAGGACCGCCUGCAGAGUGCCCUGUCCUACCUACACGAGAGUGGGAAGCUACUCUACUUCGAGGACAGCCGGACACUAAAGGAGUAUGUCUUUCACAACCUGCCACGCUUCAUUGCCAUCCUCAACGUCUUCUUCCAGAGGGAUGAGUCCACGCUGCUGGAGAGACUACUGUCGGACAGUGAGAAGGGGGACAAGAGGAGGACCAGUGUAGUUAUAGAUGGAGAGAACCUCAGGGCUACCCAUCUACAGCACCAAGUGGAGGGCUUCCUCAGCCACGGCCUCCUGCCUUCUAACAUCAUCCGGCUGCUCCUGAGACCUCUCAUCCAAACCCAGCAGGACCUCCACCUCAUCAUGGAGCUGCUAGAGAAGAUGGGGGUCUGCUACUGCAUUAACAAGCCCCGCAGCAAGCCUCUGAACGGGGCCACCGUCUGGUACAAGUUCCCCAGCUAUGUCAGCAAUGAGGAGCCCCAUGCCGAGGCCUGGGUGAACGGCAGCUCAGUGGCUGCUAGUCAGUUCUUCUCUGUGGAGCAGCUGCAGAUUGAAUACAGCUUCCCCUUUCUCUUCCCUCCUGGACUGUUUGCACGCUACAGUGUGCAGAUCAACAGCCAUGUGGUGCAGCGGUCAGACGGGAGGCACCAGAUCUUUGCCUAUCGCGGUAAAGUGCCUGUGGUGGUCAGUUACCAGCCGGCUCGGGGCAGGCUGCAGGCCGAGUCACUGUCCAUAGCCAGCCAUGCCUCCCUGCCAAAUAUCUGGACUGCUUGGCAAGCGAUAAUCCCACUGGUUGAGGAGCUGAAUGUCCUUCUGCAGGAGUGGCCCGGGCUCUACUACACUGUUCAUGUACUGUGUUCCAAGUGCCUCAAGAGAGGGUCACCCAACCCACACACCUUUCCGGGUGAGCUGCUAAGCCAGCCGCGUCCCGAGGGGCUGACUGAGAUCAUCUGCCCAAAGAAUGGUUCGGAGCGGGUCAACGUGGCACUGGUUUACCCCCCUACGCCCACCGUGGUCAGCCCCUGUCUCAAAUGAGCCCUUCUGCCUAGCCUCUACUGUCCUGUCCUGUCUGACUGUACCCUCACGCUGCCUGCCUCUCUAGCCAACUCCUAAGUCUAAACACCACACCCCAGCUCUCCCUCUGAAUCUCCUCAGCCUACCCAAGCAGCAGCCUGGACACAUAGCCAUGCAAGGUCACAGAGAUAUGCACUGUCAGCUAGAUGGAGCAGAGCAGAUAACUGUUGUCCAGCUGUUACUACAUGCCUCACCAUGGUGACAAAGACGGUAUUAAAGGACUUUGGCUGAAAGCAAACCUGGGUUGUUUUUAAGACCCAUACAAGCCAUCAACAAGCAGUGUCUUUUCCAACUGUCCUACUCUCUACUGCCCUCAAACUCUACCAAACCUCUGCCUACAACCUACUCAAGACGAAACACAGGAAAUCAACCUAUCCAUGCUAUCAAUUCAACAACAAGAGAGAUGAGUGGGCAAAGACUUGGACUGGUUUCUCUCUUUACUACUUAGUGGUGUCAUGAAAUGUUGGAAACCUCUUGGCUGGACUGCAACCCGUUCUAACUUCCAGUAAUGCUGCUUAUCCUGUCCACAUGCCAAGGUUGUGAUUGAUGAACAUAGGAAAGAGAACUGACUGAACCUCCUAUGCUAUCAUGCUGUUUGUAAACCAAAUAUUGUCUUGUAUGGCCAAAUACAUGAACCACAUACUCCUGAACACACAUUACCCAUGUACAGACCUUAUUCUUUGCUUUAGCCUUUGCGAAUGGACAGCUGUAUCAUAUGAAGUAAAUGCUGGGUCUUACAUAUUAUGACAGACAUACUGAACAAAAAUAUAAAUGCAACAUGCACCAAUUUCAAAUAUUUUACUUAGUUACAGUUCAUAUAAGGAAAUCAGUCAAUUGAAAUAAAUAAAUUGGGCUCUAAUCUAUGGAUUUCAAAUGACUGGGAAUACAAACAUGCAUCACAGAACUUUAAAAAAUAAUAAGGCCAUGGAUCUUCAAACCAGUCAGUAUCUGGUGGAUAUUCCUGCAGUCAGCAUGCAAAUUGCAUUCUCCCUCAAUUUGAGACAUCUGUGACAUUGUGUUUUGUGACAAAACUGUACAUUUCAGAGUGGCCUUUUAUUGUCCCCAGCACAAGAUGCACCUGUGUAAUGAUCAUGCUGUUUAAUCAGCUUAUUGAUAUGCCACUCCUGUCAGGUGGAUGGAUUAUCUUGACAAAGGAGAAAUGCUCACUAACAGGGAUGUAAACAAAUUUGUGCACAAAAUGUGAGAGAAAUAAGCUUUUUGUGUGGAUGGAAAAUGUGUUUUAUAUUUUUGUUGAGUGUAUUAUGUAAGAUCAGGGGACUGCCUUUAUGCCAAGGAAAUUCCAGUUCUGCUGGAUUUGAAAAGAUAUUUCAUUUUAACAUAUCCUGACCAAACCAUGGUGUGAUGUAUAUGUGAUAUGCCAUUUCAACUUCAGUAAGAAAGGUACUCAGUUUCUCAUUAGACUUGUUAAAAAAUGAUCAUUGUAUGUAAAUAAAAUAUAAUAAUGUUCUCUAAAGGAAACAGAAAAAGAA